UCAGAUAUUUGUAAACAUCGGAAUGUCCCAAAAAUUUUGUGGCUAGCUGCCGUUCGUUUUUCGUCAGUAAUAUCGCCUUAUUUAAAGAAAUUUACCAGAAAAUUUUGUCAAUAAGCAACAGAAGUAAACAUGGAAACAGUCCAGCAAAGCUGUCGACUGUGUCUGGACCCGGAAGUUACCGAUCCCUGCUCUAUAGAAUCCAGCCCCCUGAAUCAAAAGUUGGCUCUCGUUUUUACAUUUACGUUCAGUACAAUGGACCAGAUGCCGAAGGGAAUUUGUCAGCCGUGCUGCUCGAUCGUAGAUAAUUUCUACCAGUUUUCGGAGAAAGUUCAAACCAAUCAGGACUAUCUGCGAAUGUUGGUCGGGGAACAGCCCGAUGAGAAACACGAUUUGAUCCCGACAAAGAUGGAACAAACCGAGGCUCUUUCCCACAUUUUGGUAAAAAUGGAACCCACCGAAACGGUUCUGGAGGAAACGAUCAUCGCAGAUGAGGAACAAAUUGUCGAUCAAUCCUGCGAUGCUCCAGAUGAUGAUAAUUACCGCCAGUCUUCUUCCGAUUCAACCGGAGACGACGACGACGACGAUGAUGACAGUGAUGAUGAAUUUUUAGCAGACAAAAUACCAAAACGGAAAUCGAAAUCUUCUGUAGCCGAUCAGGAACCUCGAGUGAAGCGAAAAUAUACACGCAGAGCACCACUGCGAGGGAAAGUGACCAAGGAAAAGAAGCGACCAGGGCUGGAUCCCUCCAAGGAGUAUCGCAACAAAUCGCGGGAAACGAUCGAAGAAGAAGAUCGGAAGAUUUUGGAGUAUUUCAAGUUUGUCUGCGAACUUUGUCACGAGCAAUCGGAAACGUUCAUCGACUUGAGGCGACACUUCCGCGAUCGUCACGAUCAGAAAGGUUACCAACGGUGUUGUAACAAGAAGCUGUUCAAACGAUGUCACCUGCUAGAGCACAUUCAAGUCCACCUAAAUCCGAACAUCUACGGAUGCGAUGCAUGUACGAAAAGUUUCAGCAGCAAAGAAUACCUGCAGCUGCACAAAAUGCAAGCCCACGAGACUAUCGUCGAGCGACCGUACAAAUGUGACAAAUGUCCCAAAAGUUUCGUUCAAAAAGGACAGUUGUCUUCCCACAUGGGUCGACAUCAACUGUACCCUUGCACCAAAUGUGACAAAGUCUUAGCUGGGAAAGGAUCUCUAUCAGCUCACAUGGUCAACAUGCACAGCGACGAAGGCCGAAUGAUCUGCGACACCUGCGGGCGGGAGUUCAAAACUAAACCUUGCUUCGAUAAGCACGUGCGGAAACACCUGGGCAUUCUAGAGGACACCAGCAUUGAGUGCGAAAUUUGCGGAGAUAUCCUCCACAACAAGGCCACCAUGAAGAAGCACAUGAUCGCCAAGCACAUCGAAUCGACCGAGGAGCACAUUUGCAACCUGUGUGGCAAAAAUGCUCCCAACAAGUUCGCCCUAGAAUCCCACAAACGUAAGGUGCACUGUGCGGAAAAGUAUCAGUGCGAGUUCUGUGAGAAAAAGUUCAAAAAUCCGGUCACCCUGAAGGAGCAUCGGGCUUCCCACACCGGCGAGGUGCUGUACACCUGUCCGUUCUGCGCCACCACUUCCAACUCGAAGGCGAACAUGUACGCGCACAAAAAGAAAUCCCAUCCGAUCGAGUGGGCCCAGGAGAAGCAGAACAAGCUGGCCGAGCAGCGGGAGCUUAAGAAAGGCGGUGGCGGUUUUUAAGUUAAUGUUCAGUUUUAUCUUGUGUUUUAAAUUGUAAAUAUUGAAUUUGUGUUUAGAAUAAUGAAUUAAGACAAACAGUUUUAAAUAAAAUCCUCUAUGAUUGUAAGGGAAAAAAA